AUGGUUUUCUCCGAUGACUGUGGUGACACUCCACCCUCAAUAGUGUCUUUCUCCGUUUCCAUGCGCCGCGCAUCAAAACGCAAAAGGAGCAGACUUACGAGGUCGGAAACUCAACCAUUAGCGUGCGAGGAAAGCGCCCAUUACCCUGUGUUUAAUCCAAAUGAUCCUCGACAUAACCCCGCUCUCGAGAGGAGCGUGUGCCUGGAUGAUGUUGACAAUCUCCCACAACCAACCCACCCCGCCGGUUCGAUACGUUGGAUGCAGGGCCUUCCUGGAAGGUCCCUGCGGCGAGCUCGCUCUGGGCUCCAGGCCCUGAGAUCUGGGUUACAUCGGCGUCCUAUCCCAGGUGUUGAUGGAGAACAUGCGAGCAAUGGACUGUGGUCUUCGUCCGAUUCUGCGGAGGCCUCUUCUAGUCGACACACACGCUUCUUUUCAUCAACAGUAUCUGAGGCCAGUACUGAAGAAGACCAUGAUUUUGGAACCGACCUCUACCGCACAGGAUGCAACACCUACCCGGGUCACACGCGCGAAAGAAACAAGGAUGUCAGCAUCAGCUCCCCAACCUACAUUCCAUCCUAUAAUCCGGCUUCCCUGUCAACGUCGAGCGCGGUAGCAGGCGCCCCUCUCGCUCCUUCCGAGGAAACGACGGUAGAUCCCUUCCCAGAUGACAGCCUACCUACUACUGCGGGCCACGAUAUCCAGAACUCCGGUAAUGCGCCUGACGCUGCAUUAGAAGACAAAUGUGAAGCAGAGCCGCCUAAACCUUCUGGAUCUCCAAGUUCUGACAGGGAUGUUCCUGCGCCCGUGGAAUCGUCAAAUCACAACUCGCCUGUACCUAGUAUUCAGCAGACACCGGUCCAUUCGAGCGAAGUUGUUCCGGGUACCUUAGCUGAUUCGGAUAUCUCACACGUCUCGGUCAAGGAGAAGGAGGCGACUAUUAUGAAUAACGCUUCCCGCAGGUCUUCUUCAAGUGUUGUGCGCCAGUCUCAAGUUGAACAAAUACCAAGUGGUGAAAUUGAGGUCACCGUGACUACAGAAGAAAUUCACACCACUAGUUGUCAAGCAGAUUGUCAUGAGGCUAAAAUUGUUGAAGAGGAUAUUGUCCAAGCGCCGGCCGCGGAAAUAGCACCACCGAAUAAGUUCGGCGAUACUGCACCAGCAGUCGAACUUGGAGGACUGGGAGGCAUGGAGUAUUAUUUGUCGUCGUUGAAUACGUUGGGCGCAAGUGACGCACACGAGAACAAGACUGGCGACGAAGAGCCGAGCCCUAAUAGCCUUGGUGAGGAAGAUGGGCGGGUACACUUAAGCCCUUGGCUACCAGCUGACAAGCUCGAUCGAACAUCUCCGCUGUCCCUUCACGAUGAAUACUUCCUUGUUGACGGCAAAUCGACUGAUCUCCGACCUGACCGGGGUGACAACCCCAUCAAGGGGGAACGCGGAUUUGCUGGUGAUGGUGGAUUGCACAGCGGACCAGGCCUCGACCGCAAUCUCUCAAUCCGGACUCAAGAUAUCCCUGAAAUUAUUGGACCAGGAGAAUCGAUGGGGAUUCCCAGCCCACGACCGUUUCGAAGAGACCGAGAGGGCAGCGACUCAACUGAAGAAUAUCUCGUCACGUACUCUUUGUUACACCGGCAUUACUUUUCGUGA